AUGAAAAAGUUUAUUCAGAACAUGACAAGGACUGAUGUAAAGUAUCAGAAUUCUUGGGAUCGACUAACAAAAGUCAACGACAGUGUGUAUAAGUAAGCUUUCUUUGCCAUUUUUACUUGUUUUUUAUUAAUUUUAGGACUCUAACAUAACAUAACUUCUUUGAAAACUUCUUUUAGCUUCCGUUUUAAAAUUUUGUUUUGGUUUUUUCGGUUUAAAAGUACGUAGAAACAUUUAAAAAAGUGUUCAUAAACAACAAAAUUGAAAUAAAAUCGUGUGAGCACUGAUUCUACGAACUUUUUGACCGAAAAAUGAUUAUAAAAAAUCUUCUUACUGCCAUUUUUUACCUAAAGCUUUACUUUCAAGAUCGAAAGACGGUCAUAAUGACCCAAACAUUGGCCAUAACAUGAUAUUUGGAGGUAGUCUUCUAGCCAACGCUGUCCAUUGUUCAUAUGAGUCUGUGCCAAAGGAUUGUAACUUGAGUAAUCUACACUCUUACUUUGUUAGAGCAGGUAAAUUUCAUUUUUUUCGACAUUUUAACUAUUUUUUAUUAUAAGAGACAUUAAUUUGGUAUGGAUUUAUAUUGUUGUAGGUAAUGGAGAUGAACCAACAGAAUUCGAAGUGAAGAAUAUCAGAGAUGGAAGAAACUUUGUGUUUAGGGAAGUGAAUGCUACUCAGCAUGACAAACUCAUAUUUUCAGCUCAAAUGACGUUUAGAAAAGUGAGUUUUUGGUUUUGGUUAAAAUUAUAUUGUUGUUGAUGAAUUGGACCAUUUUUGCAUCUAAAAAACUGAAUAUUACAUCAAAAUAAGUGGUUUCUGAAUGUAAUAGAGCAUUUCUUAUACUUAUAUGAAUGUUUACUUAAAGUAAAGAACAAAUUUAAACUCUUAAAAUAGUAGUAAACUAGAAUAACAUUGAUAUUAACCAUCCUAUCCUCAAUAAUUUUUAAUUCCAGUUUCCAAACAAAACUUUAUUGACUCAAAUCAAAAUGCCAGAAGCUUCAGAGCCGUCAUCUCUUAAAACUAGUGUCGAAUUGCUACAGGAUUACAUCAAAACGAAUCCCGAAAAGCGGUUAUUGGCUGGAGCGACCAUGAGAAUAUCAAUACCUUUUAUUGAAUUGCGACCUGUAAAUGGAAGUGGUUACUUGAUUGGGCCGGAAAAGGCUACCAGGACACAAUUGUUAUGGGCUAGAUGGAAUGGUACACCUGGUAUGUUCUGGUAGUGUUGGGUAGGGUAUGGUAGGAUAUUGCAGUAUAGGGCGGAUUACAGUAGGGUAGGAUAGAUUAGAGUAGAGUAAGACAGGAUAAGGUAGGUUAGGAUAUCGUCGAAUAGGGUAGAUUACGGUAGCGUGAAGUAAGAUAUGCUAAGGUAGGGUAGUGUAGGGUAACGUAGGGUAGCAUAGAGUAGGGUAGGGUAGAGUAAUGUAGAGUUAGGUAGAGUAAGGCAAAAAUAUUUUGUUUCUGAUGUGAUUUCAAAUCUUUUUUAGUAAAAUCUACUGAACGAUUUGCUGUCACAGCCUUGUCAUCAAUGUCAGAUUACGGCCUGUCUAUAGCUGGUGCUCAGUUCUUUUACAACGUUCCAUUCAAAGUGAUGACUUCUCUCGAUCAAAAUGUUUGGAUUCACAGAACUGAGUACGUGUCAUGUUCAUAAAUGUAAAAUAUUUUUUAAAAUUUUUUAAGCGAUAAGAGUUUAUACUAUAGUAGAGUCAGUGUCUUUUUUUCUUUAUGACUUGGUUUUUGAGUACUAUAGUCCUUAUCUAAUAUCAAUAUAUAUUGUAUACGGAGCCUUUUUGAAAGUACAACAAUAUAAUUUAUGAAAGUACAACAAUAUAAUAUGAAAGUACAACAAUAUAAUUUUUUUAAAGUUAAGAAGCUGAUAAUAUAUGGUGUUAAAUCUGUUUUUAAUAUCAACUAUAAUAUUAUCCUUUAGUUUCGAUGUGACUGACUACAUUUUACUGGAACAAAACGCUGAUUGGCAUUCUGAUAACAAUAGUUUCGUCCAAGGAAGGUUAUGGAGCCGACAAGGAGUGUUGUUAGCUUCAUUCACUCAAAAUGUUGUUGUUGAACCUAUCUUUGAACACAGUAAAUUGUGA